CGCUCGCGCACUCACCGCCGCACAUUAUCGAGUGCGCCGCCGCCGAAGCCGGGGCCUCGCAAGAUGCCUGUCAUCUCCCGCCGGCCACGCGGUUCGCCGCCGUCGGACAAAAGGGCGCCACGCUCUGGAUGACGGGAUGUUCCGGUGCCGGCAAAACCACCAUUGCCACCGCACUCGAAGAUCAACUCGUCAAGAGUUACGGGAAACACGUCUACCGUCUGGACGGGGAUAACCUCCGCACCGGACUCAACCGUGAUUUGGGAUUCUCCGAAGCCGAUCGCGCCGAGUCGGUCCGACGGACCGGGGAACUCGCCACACUCUUUGCCGACGCCGGUGUCGUCACGCUCGUCGGACUCAUCUCGCCCUACCGCAAGGAUCGCGACGCCGUACGCAAACGUCACGUCGACCAAGGCAUUCCCUUUUACGAAGUAUUCCUCGACGUGCCCGUGGAUGAACUCAAAAAACGCGAUCCCAAGGGACAGUACGCUCGUGUCGAGUCCGGAGAACUCAAACACUUUACCUGCAUCGACGACCCCUAUGAUGAACCCUUGCAACCAGAAAUUACCCUCAAAACGCACGAACUCACCAUUGAACAGUCGGUGCAGAUUCUCUUUCGACGACUCGAACGAGACGGAAUUCUGGUCGGGGCGCCCAAACUUAGUCCGCCCGGUCUGCCCAACCCCGACGGGGACGUCUUGGUGGACUUGCACGUUCCCGACGAAUCCAAAGAAGCCCGUCGCGCCGAGGCGGCGACCCUCCCCAAGGUCUUGAUCAACGACAUUGAUCUCAACUGGUUGCAAACCAUUGGGGAAGGCUGGGCCUCACCGCUCCGAGGUUUCAUGCGCGAAGGCACACUGUUGGAAACCCUGCACUUUAAUUCGAUCCUCACGGAUCCCUUCAACCUCACGGGCAACGCCCUGCGACUGGAAACCCGCACGAACUUUGAUCACUUUUCCGCCCAUCCGGCCCCCCAACGCGUCUCCAUGCCCAUUCCCAUCACCCUCUCCUGUACAUCUUUUACCAAGGACCUCAUUGACGCCUCGUCCCACAACGCCGUCGCUUUGGUGACACAAAUGGGACACACCGUGGCCAUUCUACGCGAUCCCGAAGUCUACGCCAACCGCAAGGAAGAAAUCGUGACGCGUAUGUACGGUGUCGUGGAUCCGGAUCAUCCCUACAUUCAACACAUUUAUCGGGGCGGCGACUACUUGAUUGGCGGAGAAAUCGAACUGCUGGAUCGCAUCCGCUACAAUGACGGCCUCGACCAGUGGCGCAAAACAGCGACGGAGCUCGUGCAAGAGUUCCAGAGCAAAGGGGCCGACACGGUGUACGCCUUCCAAACGCGUAACCCGACCCACGCGGGUCACGCGUACCUGAUGCGUUCCGCCGGUGAAGACCUGCGUCGUCAGGGGUACCAGAAACCCGUCCUGUGGUUGAGUCCCCUGGGCGGUUGGACCAAGGCCGACGACGUGCCGCUCGAUGUGCGCGUCAAACAGCACGAACAAGUCCUGCAAGCGGGCACCACCCAUCCCGGUGGCCUCGAUCCGGAAUCCACCGUCAUGGCUAUUUGGCCCGCUCCCAUGGUCUACGCCGGACCCACCGAAGUCCAGUUCCACGCCAAGUCACGGCGCUCCGCGGGAGCCUCGUACUUUGUGGUCGGCCGCGAUCCCGCCGGAAUGAAAGGAUCGCCCAACGCGGUGGCGCACCCGGACGAUGACCUCUACGACGGUAACCACGGACGUUACGUUCUGCAGAACUCGCCGGGCCUCGGAGAUAUGAAGAUGCUGAGCUUUGUCAAAGUCAUGUACGACACCACCGACAAUAUUAUGAAGAUUCCGGACGAAGCGCGGCUGGCGGACUUUAUCAGUAUUUCGGGCAGUAAAAUGCGACUGUUGGCCCGGAACGGGGCCACCCCCUGCAGUCCCACCAAUAUUCCGACGGAUCUGGUCGAAGCCAACUGCGUCCCCAGCGGAUUCAUGGUACCGGACGGUUGGAAUCAAGUGGUCGACUACUACCGGAAUAUUGAUGAUGUGCAACGCUGGACGCCGUGGAGUCAACCUCGCGUAGAUCCCCCCACGGCACCGCGCACCACGUAUCAAGGCCAGUUUGGUUCCCGAUCCUUCCACCUGACUAGUACAGAAUACGAAUCCUUCUGGCACGACAUUCCCCUGAGUCCAUCGGGGCAAUCCGAAACCGUAGUCAACAUGGUGACGGAAAUUCCCAUGUAUUGCACGGCCAAAAUGGAGAUUCAAAAGAUGCUGUCCAACAGUCCCAUUGCUCAGGACACCAACAGCGACGGUUCGCCGCGUCACUACAGCUACGGUACGCCCUUUUUCAACUAUGGUCUCAUUCCACAAACAUGGGAAGAUCCCAACCUAAAAUCUGCGCAAGGGUACGGUGGGGACAACGAUCCGCUCGACGUUAUCGAAUUGGGGUCGUCGCCCUUGCAAAUGGGUGGACUAACGCCGUGUCGGGUGUUGGGAUCGUUUGAGCUCAUUGACGAAGGCGAAACGGACCACAAGAUUCUGUGCAUUGCCGUGGACGACAAAGACGCCAACCAAAUCCAUUCCUUGGAAGAUUUGGAGCGUGUCAAGCCGGGUCACUUGGACAAGCUCCGGGAUUGGUUGAAGCGGUACAAGACGAGCGAGGGCAAAGCGGAAAACAAUUUGGCGUCUGAAACGCCGCGCACCGCGAUGGAAGCCGUAGGCGUCAUUCAAGAAACGCACGGACGCUGGCGAUCAUUGUGUGGUAAGGAUGGAACGACAGUCUAUUCUCUUUCGAGCAAGACGGCCGGUUUCUGGCUCAGCAGUCCGGGGUGUAGGGGAACGUAAUCUUACAGUUAGUGUCGCAGUUCCCUCCAGCCCAAAAUUACACAAACCCUUAUUUACUUUUUAGAAAUUUGCCACGAGUCGU